UGUCUUGACUGAAGUAGCCAGUGCCAAAAUCAGGCUGGCCCAGCUGGAGGCAAUGUUUGCCUGAGCCUGGGGUGAGGCUCUGGCUUUGUGGUUAACCUCUGUGCCAUGAUAAUGCCCAGGAUGAAUCAGUGCAGUAUAAAUUACAGCAUUCAAAAUCUGUUCAAGAUUAAUUCAUAUUGGCCAGUGAGGCCAGAGAGCUCCAGGUUCAUGCAAGAGGCAAGUGAUUUUGACUCUAAAAUCCCAGAUAAGUGGUUGUGGCAGGGAAGAUGACAGUGACCACCUGCUCCCCGGCUGGCUGCACAUCUGGGUUUCACCAAGCAUGUGAUGACAACAAACUACCACACUGCCUAUAUUGCCUUCAGCUACAUGGCUACGAGCAAGCAACAAAGCUUCAACUUCCUUAAUUCUGAGUGCCAGUUCACCUCAUCUAGAUUUAGAGGAGACAACCCUUAGUCAGCAGCCUGGUUAAGCUCCCUCAGGGCAUGAAUGAAACCUACGGACUUGGAGCAAAUGUUUCCAUAAGCAGGUCAGUCUUCAAAGCCCAGGAAUUCCUUCCAGAUAUUUUUCUUCAAGCCUUUUCCAUCAUUUUUCCACUUCAUGCCAUCUGCUUAGUUUCUGUUUGGUUUAGGGGUGGGGUUUUUUUCUGGGCUACAAAGCUACCACUACCUGCUACGGAGAAAGGAGUCCAAAGUCUGGUUCCUGGCAAAUGGUACUCUGGUAGCUGGAGCUUUAAUGGAAACCACUUGCUGGAUCAUUGCUACAUGUGCGCUGGCUAAUUUGCUCUAACUACUUUAAAAAGAGUAAUUGAUUAGCUUGAAAAAUUAACAUGAUGAUAGUUGAAUUUUCUUCCAUAAGAGAACAAGCCAUAUCGUAUUGCUACUAAUAUGGCAGGAUAAAAAAACUGUACACAGUUCUGGGUGGUUUUCUCACAUUUUAUUCACACUUUGAAUCUGUUACCUCACUGAAAAGCUUCAUUGAAAAGAUGAGGUUUAAGCCAUUGCUAGUUACACUGCAUGUGUGGACAAAUACAAAUUAUUUUUAUAGAAACAAAGAUAGAUCUUUGUUGUUUUGAUGGGCUGGGUUUCCACUGUGAUCUCCCCUUGACCUUGAUACUGUACAGUGAGCCCACGCUCUUCCUUUUCCUCUGAAGAGAGCCGCUUCUAUGCUUCACUGCAUCACCAACAACGGAAAGUGAAAGUUCUGCAAACUCCUCUAAGCCAAGCGAGCUGCAGGACACUUGUCUUUCUCUUCUCCUUUCCUGAGGAAGGGAUUUACUGAGAUUUCACUCUCCUCAAAGUAAGGGGAGGCAGAAAAUGGAUAAGUUACGCGGGGUGCUGGAUUUCUGCAUCCGCCACCAGACUGUUCUGGGUUACAGCAUUGUGUCCCUGAUGACAGCUGCCAGUGAGCACAUCUUCUCCUCUGUGGUGUUCAAAUGUCCCUGCAGUUCUGGGAACAUGCUGUAUGGCUCCAUCUUCCUCUCAGUGCCUGCCCUGAUCCUCUUUCUGCUUGGCUACAUGGUGAACGCCAGGACGUGGCGCCUGCUGACAAACAGCUGCCCUGCGGAGAAGUGCUGCAGCAGCAGCCGCCCCUGGGGAACCUGCUUCCACUACUGCUUUGUGCUGGUGCCGGUGACGGCCAGAGCCUUGGUGGCCCCUCUCACCUGGAUCGCGGUGGCCCUGCUCGGAGCCAGCUUCUACGAGUGCGCAGCAAGCGGGAACAGCCUGAUACAGAACUACUUCUGUAAAGAUCAGGGACAAGAGUGCCGCAAGCUGAUGGUCAAAAUACCUUGCAAUGAGAAGUUAUGGAAGAACAUAUCGAGUGAAUUCUUCAGCCUUCAGGCACAGUCCCAGCUGAUAGGAUGGCUCCUGAUAGCCUGCAUCAUUACUCUGGCACUGAUUUCAAAAUGUGUCAGCCACUGCUGCUCCCCGGUUAGCUACCUUCAGCUCAAGUUCUGGAAAAUUUACUUAAAAAAGGAACAGGAGCUCUUUGAGAUCAAGGCUAAAGAGCAUGCAGCCAGGCUGGCAGAAAUAAAUACGAAAUCCUUUUUUGAAGCCGUUGACCCAGCACCGUUUCAGACUCCCAGCAAUGAAGACUGGCGGAAGAUUUCAUUCUUGUAUAGCUUCAAUUCGAAAGAGCAGUAUUACAGCAUGAUACACAAGUUUGUUAAUACAAACAGAGGCAACAGCCACAGCUUCAGGGAAGGAGCUCAGAAUCCCCCUGUUUUAGGAUUUGUGGAUGAAGCGAGCGCAAACGAAUCCGGAUUUUAAUGAAACAAAUCCUUUGCAACACUGGCAAUCUUUUAACCCUACUGCUAUAAGAAUAAUCUUAUUCUGUGCUCUUACUGAAAUCUAUGCGAAUUGUAUGUAAAAGCUGAUAGUUGUAACCUUCAGCAGAUUUGCUUUUAAAUACAUUUUAUUACUUUUGCUUAAGUACAUUUAAAUAAAUAUAUCGGUCAC